AUGGGGAUCGAAUCGCAGGCGGCGCAGAGCUUCCUGCAUCUCUUGGCCGUGGCCAAUGAUGGCUCCCAUGAGCCUCAGACCUUUCGUCUCCGGUGGGAUCAGCCGUUGAGGCGCUUCGCGCGCGCCUAUGCCGUCUUCCGGGAGCUCAGCCCCGAACUGGAAGCCUCCCUGCGCCUAUCGACGACGGAGCAUCCGGAGCUGGACUUGGAUGCCACCGCGAGCACCUAUGCCUUUUGCGACGGUCAAGAAGUGCUUUUCACCGCCGGCACCCCACCGCCUGAGAUCUCAGCUUCCCCAACUGCCUCCCAGCGGGCGGCCACCAUGCGUGAGUCGCAAGGUGUGAAGCGAGUGCGGCUGUCGCAGAAGAGCGGCAAGAGCUCUCAAGUGUCACAGUCCUUGGUGCUGGCCUCGCAAGCAAAGGCUUCGCAAGCAAAGGGCAAGGCCAAAGCGAAGCCCAAGGGAAAGGCCAAAGCGAAGGCCAAGGCGAAAGCCUCUCCGAAGGCCGCAGCCAAAGCGAAGGCCAAAGCAAAGGCCAAGGCGGCCAAGGCCAAGCAGCCGGUCCUGCUGAAGGCGAAGCCGAAGGUGAAAGCCAAGGCCAAGGCACCCAAGGAGCCAAAAGAGCCGAAAGGGAAGAGCACUACAGCCACUGCAGUGGUGAAGGCAGAGGCCCCAGAGCCUGAAGAUGGUGAGGUCCUUCCUGGCAAGUUUGGCGAGCCGCGUGUUCCACGUGGUCGCACCUGUGCGGCCAGCGUGUCCUUUGGACCUGCCAAGGGCUGGCGUGUCAUUGCCUGGUUGAAGGAAGUGAAUAGCGUGAAGGAGCGCGCUCACGACUUGGUGAUUUGCUGGAAGAUUCUCUCCCCGCAGCGCACCCGCGCCUUCAACUCGUUCCAGUACUUGAAGAAGGCCGUGGGUGAAGGAGUGUACACGCAGAUCUUCACCGCGGUACGACCGGGCUUGUUGAGUCGCAUCCGUGAUAAGCGCAACGAGCUGGAAGGUGUUUCGGAAAAGAGGCCAAAGAAGCGGCCGGCCAACACCUGCCGCUUGCCGCCUCCAGAACCUCUCCCACCGUGA